UUUCUCUUUCUAAAGUUUCGAGAGAAUUUUAUCGCAGGGAUUUUUUAAGUUAUUAUUUAAAAUGUUUACUCACGAUUCCGAAUCGAUUAAGCAAUUAUUGAUUGCCGAGAAAAGAGCAGCAGAAAAAAUUGAGCAAGCUCGGAAGCGUAAAAAUAUUCGUCUGAAGCAAGCAAAAGAGGAAGCACAAUUGGAAAUUGGAGCUUUUCGUGCAGAGAAAGAGAAGGAAUUCAAGGAAUACGAAGCUAAAUAUUUAGGGUCUCAGGAAAGUGCUCUUCAAAAAAUAGAGAAAGAUACUGAUAAGCUGUUGGUAGAAAUGACAAAGUUUGUGAGGCUCAAUAAAGAUGUCAUCAUUGAGUGCCUUCUGGACAAGAUUUUCAACAUCAAUUGUGAAGUUCAUGAAAAUUUCAGAGCUGAAACACUUUAGUUGAACGAGCAAACUCCACAUUCAAUUGCUGAAGUUCAGUUUGUCUACCUAUCUAAUCAAGUUUCAUUUUUAUUUUGAUUUAACCAAGUCAGUGUGAUUCUUAAAUCUUUAUAGCUUCAAGUUUUAACAAAGCAAGCGUUCGAAAACAUUUUAUAGUUUAAUUAAAUCUCUAAUUUGAUGCUAAAAUUGCAAUUUUUAUUUUAUAUGUUUAUGUACAUUUUUGAAUCAUUUCUAUCUUUGUUUAGUAGUUUUUUUGUAUGAAAUUAUGAAUUCGCUUCAAUGCCUAAAAUUCCUUAUUGUAUCAUUUUUAAAAACAUAGUUUUAUGUUGGGAGAAUAUUUUAUGUGUAUUUAUGUUAAUGCAUCAUAUACAGAGCCAGCCUUAGGCCGAUUGGGCCCAAUUGGGACCAAAAGCAAAAAAAAAAAAAAAAAAAUUUUCUCUUUAGAUGAUGAACAAGAUGAAAAAAUGCAUAAAAGUAAAAAGUUCAGAUUUAAUAUUUAACUGUUGUUUAAUCUGGAACUGUGGAGCUAGUUUUAGUUCAAUCAGUGGGGUAGGGGGGAGAUUCUUGAAGCUUUUAGCUAACUUUCAAUUUGCUAAAAACAUAAGGAGUUAAAAGUUAGCAAAAUAUAUAUUUCCAAAAUUACUUGAGUCAAAUAAAUUUCUGGAAAAAAUUUUUAAAUAUCUGGCCAGUUAAACAUUUUGAAUCAAUGGGCACCCUGACUACUCUAUGCCACAGUCUUGUAGCAUUUGAAAUUUAACUUUUUGGUCAAAGCACUAAAUACAACUACUUGACGUAUUUCUGUGUUAAACAUGUCUUACAUUUUUUUAAUUCACUUCAAUUCCUUUUGUGUCUCAAAUUAAAUACAAUCAUUCUGAAAAAAGUCCCACCAGAAAUUUUCAAUCGGGGCCCCACUUUUGCUAAGGCUGGCAUGCAUUUAUCAACUUUUCCAAAGGUUUUACAAUUCAUCAGGGGUGCCCACCUAGGGAGGUCAUGGUGCAGACUGCGGCAUUGAAAUUUUUAGGGGGGUUGUUUUGAGAGGGAAUUUUUCUCAUUUUUAGGGGGGGUGCGCCCUUGAUCUUAGGGGGGUUGGCACCCCUGAAUUCAUUAAUAUGCUCAUUUAUCUAUCAUGUUUUUCAAAAAACAGCAAGUUUCAGAAUUAAUUACAAAGUUUAACAUUUUUACAAAAGUUAUUUUCUGGAUAAAUACCUGACCUGUAAUUUAGUAUCUUCUCAUACUUCCCUUUCUUGACAUCAUCCUUUAUAUUCCCUGUUUCUUCCGUU